AUGGCGGGGGCCGGGGGUCCCCAGCGCCUCCGCGACUGGCUGGUGGCGCAGAUCGAGAGCGGGCGCUAUGCGGGGUUGCGCUGGGAGGACGCAGGCAAGACCCUCUUCCGCAUCCCUUGGAAACACGCGGCCCAGCAAGGCUACCAGGCGCAGCAGGACGCGGCGCUCUUCAGGGCCUGGGCCAUACACAAGGGCAGGCACCUAGAGGGCAUUGACAAGGAGGACCCCCCCACAUGGAAGACCCGGCUCCGCUGUGCCCUCAACAAGAGUGCUGACUUCUGUGAGGUGCGUGAGCGCAGCCAGCUGGACAUCUCCGACCCCUACAAGGUCUACCGGAUUGUGUCCGGCAGUGCCCGUGGCCCAGUGGCCAGGACUUGUGCCCCGCCUGGGAAGAAGAACAUCCUCCGGAGCUGGCAGGAGCCCCCUGGAGAUGUGACGGAGCUGGUGGCCCACAGGACAGACCAGGAUGGCUCCAGAUCAACCACAGAGGAUAAGGACAAGGAGGGCCCCCCCAGGCUGGCCCAGCAGGGCUCCCUGCCACCAGCUGUCCCAGGCCCUCUGGCUGACCACAGGUACCAGGCGCAGGACCCCACACACCGCUGGAGCCCAUCACCCUCUGAGGACUUCAGCAACCCCGAUUGCUGGCUGCACGUGCGGCUGUUCUACGGCUCGGAGCUGGUGCGGGAGGCCACUUCGCGCACGGCCGACGGCUGCCGCCUGAGCCCCGAGGCAGUCAACGCGGCCGAGCGCCUGCUGGGGCCGCCACCGCGCGUCGCGCAGGUCGGCUUCCCGGAGCCGCCGCCCGGCGCCCGCGUGCUGCAGCGCCUGCUGCGACACCUGGAACGCGGCGUGCUGCUGUGGGUGGCCCCCGAGGGCGUGUUCGCCAAGCGCCUGUGCCGGGGCCGCGUGUACUGGCGCGGCCCGCUCGCCCCGCACCGCGCGCAGCCCAACAAGCUGGAGCGCGAGCGCACCUGCCAGCUGCUCGACACGCGCCGCUUCCUCGAGGAACUGCGCGCCCACCUGCAGGAUGGCCACCAGGAACCUGAGUACCAGAUCCGUCUGUGCUUUGGCGAGGAGUACCCAGGGCCCCCAGACCAGCCCGAGGAGCGACUCAUCAUGGCCCACGUGGAGCCCGUCUUCGCCCGCGAGCUCUUCCUGCACUGGAAGCGCCACUACCACGGUGCCACGGCCAAGGCGGGUCCCCAGCCCCACAUCUCCGAUGGUAUCACUCACCUGCUGCCACAGCUGAGUCAGCACUAAGGGGUCACUUCCUCCCCUCCUCCCCUCCGAAGUCAGCACCUCCCCACCAGCGGACCCCAUCCCAGACCUGCCCAAAGAGCCAGUGAACUUGGGACUGCCCCCCACUCAUCGCCCAGGUCGGUGGGGACAGCGGAAGCAGAUCCCUGCCCUUCAACCUCCCCGCCGCAGAGACGCAGCCCUGGAACGCGGCGGCGCGUGGGCAGACGGCAAGCAGCUGGGCCUGGGAAAUCAGGAGGAAACCAAACUCGACCUUGAGGUUCUGGAAACAGCAGUUACGGCAGAAACAAGACUUCAUUUCUUGUUGAGAGCACAAGAGGUCUGCAGUGGUCUGCUUGAGUGCCCGUUUUACCUGCAACUGAUUCAUUAGAAGGUUUGCUUCAAGUUGGGAUUACCAGUUAGAUCCUUAGGGAUUAGCAUGAAGCCAGACAGUAACAGAAUUGCCUGGCCUCUGAGAGGUUCUGAGUUUCCAGAACCUUCCUCCCACCUACCAUUGGUCUGUAUUCUUAUGUGGCCGGGGAGGGGUCCCACAGCAGAAAACUUGGCCUGAAUGGGGCGGGGGUGGGGAUGGGGGGCUGAUGACUGAACCACCGGCACCAUCUUUGGGGAAACUGACCCAGACCCCUAAACACAGCAGUAAGGCAGAAGGCAAAGUUGGAGGCAGGGGUCCGGUCCCUCCCCCAAGCGUCGCUGAUUUUUGCAAACGGCAGUUUGUAGGCAGUCCUUGAGAAUUGGGAGGGAACCCCAUCAACCAUAAAGGCAAUUGAUCCUGCCUUGUCAGUAAAGUCACUUUCUGCCCCAGAUAUCAGACCUUUUUUCCUUUUUUGAUUUCUGACUUUAUAGGGAUUCUCCUACAGAUGGCAACAUAAUAAAUCUCUUUUAGUGAUA